CUGUUGAUGAAGGUUUGGGAAAGCUUGCAUCAUUAUAACUUCUCUGAAAGUAUCAUUUUAUUCAAGAAAAUCCAAAAUGACGUCGCGGUAAUGACAUCGGCAACGUCGCAUUGUUUCCAUUCGUACAACACCGUACGCAAGUAAUGUAAUGACGUUGAAAAUACUUUCAAGGCCGUAGGUAUUUGUUUGUAUUUGUGUCUUUAGGGAUUAUUAAUAGUUGUUUGUUAUCAUCAGAAGUCCACAAUAGUGAAGAACGACCGCAGUAAAAUAGAAAAUCGCGGUAAUCUAGUGUCGGUGUAUCUAUUUUCACGAUGGAUGCUCCUUUACGCGAGCAAGUGAUGAUAAACCAAUUCGUUUUGGCUGCAGGUUGUGCUCACGAGCAGGCCAAACAGAUAUUGCAGUCGGCCCACUGGCAGUUCGAGACUGCCCUUAGUAUAUUUUUCCAAGAUGCUGCGUUACCAGGUUUCCCUCAUGGUAGUACAGCACAUUUUGGACAGGUAAUGACACCUUGCAACACCCCAGCAACUCCACCAAACUUCCCAGAUACAUUGUUGGCAUUCAGCAAAAUGUCAGCUGGCAACGGUAACAACAACAACACAUCCCCAGCCACAUCUGUAGGGCCACAGAGUAAUGGAUUUGGCACGCUACAGAACAACUCUUUUGGAACAUCACAGAACACCAACUUUGGUGGUUCGCCCGCGGCGUGUCGGACCACCGCCUCCAAUCAGGUCCCUGCGGGACACCAGCAGCGAUAAAUAAUAGACUGCAAUGUGGUAGUGAUGGAGUGCAUUGACAUUUGACAUUGCUUAAGUUGCGUUUUGUACAGUACCUUUACUUGAGAGAUGGGUACAAUCAAUCAUCGAUCUGAGGGUUUGGUCUUAGAUUACAAGUAGUUUGACAUUAUCAGAGGCAAAUGAUUCCUGUAUUUCAAAAUAACACAUCCAGAAUAGUGGAUAUUUGGUGUAAAACUCGUUGUCAUGUGAUCUUGAACUACCUGUAGUCUCCAAUAAGACAUCCUUAAUUAACUUUAUCUCAUCUUUACUUUCCAAUUGUCGUAAUGUUCUUGGUAUGAAAUCUUCUCACAUAAAGUGUUGUUUCAAAGGUAUAAACAAUCGGGGGAAAUUCAAAUUAAAGGGGAGUUUGGAUAGUUGAAAUUUGAUGAAACAGUUCUAAAAUAUGAUAUUUCCGAAUAUUUGUCUAAACCACAUAACUCACAAAUGUAAAAUAUAUAAAGUCGUUGAUUUCUAAAACUGUUCAAGUCAUCGCUAAACCUCAUUUUUCUAUGCUGCUUGUGUUUGCUUAUUGUUUUUAGGUGAGAACAGUCUUUUUGAAGCGUCAGCAAGUUUUAGUGCCAAAUUUAAGUUAGUUUUUAGGUUCUUAUUUAGAUCAGGUGUACAAAAUUUUGCGUGUUUGAAGAUGUUGAAAGUACCUUAGCUAAACUUUUGAGACAUAUUCAUUUGAAGUCACCUUUUUGCGUUAUCCUUCAGUUUGGGAAGAACUUUUCCUGAAUUUGCAUUUUUCAAACAUUGCGAUUUCGCAAAUCUACAUGAAUCUAUUUUUUGGAGACAAAUAUUUAUAAACAUCUUGUUUCAAGUUUAGAUUAAAUGCUCUGUUAAGUGUUAAGUGGUGGGAAACAUGAUUGGAAUGAGGGAAAGGUUUAAUUAAAACUCUUAAAUGUAAAACUAAAACCUUGCUAGUGAAGUUCGUUGUAAUAAUUAUAGUUAGUAUGUUCUUUAGUUUUUUUUGUAAUAAAAGAAUAUGAUGAGAUGAAAAUGAGACUGUCUGUAAUGACAGUCACAUUGUGUAAAUUAUACAAAUAAAACACAAAAUGAUUUUAGUUGUUUUUUCUUGAAGUAUGGUGAUAGAAUAGGUAUGAAGGCUUGUUACACAAUUAGUUUAAGCCUUUGAGCAUAUGUUUUUUUUCUUUUCAAGUGGGCAAAUUAAUUUUUGUAACUAGGUCUUACUUUUACAUGCUCAAUCGCCUGAACUAAUAUGGUUGCAAAUCUACUAAAAAAUGGGCUUUUGAAAAUAAUACCUUGCUUAUAGAAUAACAAUUCGUAUUAAUCAUUUGCUAGAUUCAGAAAUUAUAAUGAAGAGGACAAUUUUUGUGGAUUAGCAACCAGAGUUGAUAUCUAAACACGGUGAAAUCUUCACAUUUCUUUUUGUUUGUAGUAUCAUGAGAAUGAAUCAUUUAUGUUAAUAUUUUUAUAUACAAACGUAUGAUAAUUGCAUUAUCAUUAUUGAACACUAUGUUAUAUUCGUUUUGAAUAAAAGUCCUGCCGAUUUUUUGUAGGCGAAACCUG